AGUAAAUUGAAGGUCAGACAUUUCAGUUUUGAGAGAUAUUCYACGUUUUCAUGGAUUUUGAUUCAAGCUGGUACGCGUACCAGUGUCAUUCUGGYGAAGUACUUUUUCACUAUAAUUCUGUGACUGGUGAACAUAAAUGGGCUGUUCAUUUUUGCUCGUGCCUUAAAGCAAAGUCAUCCAAGUCACUAUCUGAUCCUUGCUGUACCUGGCAACCAGUCAAAGCUAAGUCCAAUCAAAGUGGUAAAUUUGUAAGAAGUAUCGCAACUGAAACUGAAGAAMAAUACUUCUCAAAUGAUUAUCAUCCAACUUCAACUUCAAACACAAAAAGUGUGGAACUCUUUCACRAUAGAGAUGAGCSAAGCUUAAAUAUUCCUUCUGCUGCUGAAAAAAGACAAAAUAUUUCAUACAGAAAACAGACAACUGGAGCUCAAGAGAGCAGCUUGACACCACUUGAACAAGAAGAACCUGUUGAGGUUGUKUURAAUGAUCCCUUCCUUCCWGAAGAUGAYGAAGCUGUAAUUUCCAAACGAUUAACUUUGAAGCUGGCAGAUUCUUCUAAAAACAACUUUGCGGCCUCAAAUUSUGAUUCUGAGAACAUUAGUAGCUUAGAUGUACMAACAUCAACAGCUACAAAGGUGUAUCCAACMGAAUCAAAUCCUGGUGCUUUACUAAARGAUAACAUCUUUGUACAUUCUAAAAGAGAACUGCCUUCGUUUUGUGUUGACAGCAAGUUACAAUACGUYAAAGGAAACUCUAGUCAGAAACCUUUGAAAAGAUUUAAAGUUUCCUCCACAUCAUCAAGAAAGAAUCCAGAGCCUAAAAAGUUAAAAAGAAUGCACAUCACUAAUUAUAAUGAUAUUAAUGAACAUGAUAUUGUUGAAGAGAAUAAUGAUACAGGCUGGGAAGAUGAUUUUGAGGAGCAGACUGAUGAGAAAGAAGAGGCUUAUUCACAAAGUUCCAUGGUCAAAGUUGAACUGGAAAACAUUUCAUCACCAUCUUAUGCUGAAGAGGAGAAUUCUGAGGAGCCAAUAUCAACAGUUUGUACUUUAUGUGGAAAAGAGUGUAAAACCCCAUCAGACCUAACCAACCAUAUCAUGUACCAUCAACCUUCUGGCACCAAAUGCCCAGUAUGCCAUAAAUAUUUCAGCCGUCGACAGGGAUUACGGUAUCAUGUCCAAACACAUGCGGGUGAUAAGCCUCAUGUUUGUAAACUCUGCAACAAGACUUUUACUAAGUCUUCUUCGCUUGUUGCGCAUGUCAGGGCACACUCGGGAAUAAAACCAUUUAAAUGUCCUAAGUGCAACAAAGGUUUCACACAUUCAAGCAACCUUUCAAGCCAUCUAAGAAUUCAUUCAUCUCUUCGUCCAUACAGAUGUAAGUUCUGUGGAAAGGGCUUCAAAACAUCAAGUCACUUAUCAUUACAUCUAAGAUGUCAUUCAGACGAGCGUCCAUACAAGUGUAGUGAUUGUGGGAAGGCUUUCAAGAAUUCUAGUCACUUGAAGAGCCACAAAAAGCUUCACUCUACAGAGAAAAAUGUUAUCUGUGAAAGCUGUGAUGAAGCUUUUAAAAAUUUUGCUCAACUGAUGAGUCACCAGAGGAUUAGUCCUGAGUGUCAUGGAGUUGUACAAAAGCAAAAAGAAAGCAAACAUUCUGUAGYUUUCCAUUCUUCUACAUCUGGACAUGUAGAUGGACUUAUCAAUGAGGGAGACCAGUCUGAAGUUGUACAUUUAGAGACUCRSAUUGAUGGUGAACAUUCAUUUGUGUUACAUGAUCAACCAUUUGUACAAAUUGAUGAAAACCGGACAGAAUUGUCAGAUGCUGAACAACAACAGUUUGAAACUCAUGAAUAAGAUUUGAUAUCUGUUUUUUUUAGUUUUUAUCUUGAACCUCACAGCAAAGACAGGGGCCACAACAACACAUUGAAACAGAAUGUUCAAUGUUUUAGAGGCUUAAAUUUGUUUUUACAAAACAAAAGACCAUUAUACAUCAUUUUUCUUUCAGUCCUCAUCUUGAGUUAUGGGCUGAAUUAUGGGACAAACUCAACAUUUUUUAUGCACGAUUGUAUGAACUAUUUUCUCGAAUCAUAAAAAUGCCUUGAUAACUUCUCAAGAGCAAUUCAAAAUUUCUCAUUAAACAAGCAAUACACCAAUAUCACUCCUUUCAAUUUCAUAGUAACAUACUUAUUUACUUACGUUCAUAAGAGUGAUAUUGGCACAAGGAUCUGUGAAAAAGACCAUUUUAAAAAGCAACAGGGCGUUUGCAUCGACAACUAAUGAGAUUUCAAUGACAGAUUAUAAGAUACCUGUAAAUAAUUUAAUUUAGAUUUUAAAGAUGUCUAUGAUUGCAAUCUYGCCAGUUGUUGCAAAGCUACCUUUGAAGCCAAUUCAGGAGACCUUUUAAAAUGGCUGCUGUAUUUGUAGACUGAUUCCACCAGUCUGUCUGGUCGUUUUUUUUUUUUCUGCUCCCGGACAGCGCUAGUUGAAGUGAGAAUUCAAACCGACGAACGGAAACUACGACUUAUGGAAUCAGUCAACUCUACUUGGUAAUAAAAGUCAGUUUACAGAUGGGAAUAUUUAGUUGUGUAUUCAUGCACCUUUCAUAUUAUCUAUGGGAUAUUUAAUGACUGAACAAAUUUAAYCACUAGAAAAUUAUUGUAUUUUCAUUCAUUUCUGUUCAUUUAAUUCAAAUAAAGAGAUUUUGGUCUGGAAUUUAUGACUAUUGAUAGUGUGAAAAUGGACGUUUGUCCCCAAUUUCCCAUCCUGUCAUUUACCACAGGGUCCCCAAUCCUCCAACAAUAGGAUAUCAAUGUUGUUGAGUGACAAAAUUCUUAUAAGAAUACAUAUAACAUGAGWAUAGUAUAAGUAUAUUAUAAGUUCACAAUUUUUAAUAUAAAAUGUGGUUAUGUUU